AUGAGUACCAGCCUCGAGGCCAAGAUCGUCGUCCUCGGUGCUCAAGGCGUUGGAAAGACCUCCCUCGUUCAACGUUAUGUCAAGAAUUCCUUCAGUCCGACCACCACCGUGUCCACGGUAGGUGCGUCGUUUGUCACUAAACGUGUCCUCGAUUCUACUUCCGACACCAUUGUGAGACUACAAAUCUGGGAUACUGCCGGCCAGGAGCGUUUCCGCAGCAUAUCCCGGCUAUAUUAUCGUGGGGCCAAUGCCGGCCUCCUUUGCUAUGAUAUUACGGAUGAGAACAGUUUCCAGGAGAUGACAGGUUGGCUAGGCGAGCUCAAAGAGAAUCUGGGAGAGGAUAAUCCGAUCAUUAUCCAUGUCGUGGGCACUAAAUCUGACAUUGUAGCCGAUGAUCCGAGUAAACGAAAAGUCCCCUUUGAGAAGACCAUAGCAUAUGUGGCCGAACAGCUCUACCCAUCACAAGCGUCCACUCCUCCGCCCAGCUCCGGAAUGGGGAUGCUAGGUGCCUCGGCCGCUACGGCGUCCAACACCCAUGGCCCGGAAAGCAAACGCAGCAGCGGGUUCUGGGGCCAGGAUAUCGGCUGGGAUUGCUGCCACGAGAUAAGUGCCAAAGAUGGAGAGGGUAUUGAGGAGGUAUUUCGAGUCAUUACCCGGAAACUUGUCGAGCAGAGAAACAAGAAAGUUGAAGCGGAGACAACACAGCGAAGAAACGUUCGCGGGCGCGAGAGGCCCUCAACAUCCGGUGAUGGCAUCGCGGCCGAUGGCAACGCAGACAAACGACGGAGCUGGUUGGGUUUCCCGCCGACUCUAGUCUUACAUGAUGAACGCACAGAUGAUGAACCUGAUGGAUUUCCAAAGCGAAAGCAAGGAAAAUGCUGCUGA